UUUUUUCGCAGAACCUGCUGCUGAAUUCUUAUCGAAGGAGGCCAUCCAAUCGUGGAUCUAAGAUCAGUAUUUAAAGCAGCUGAUAGCUGUGGAUUCGUCAUCAGCACUACUCCUUUCUCAGGAACCUCCUGCUUUUCACAUCUCUAUCAUUCCAUUCUUUUCCAUUUCGUCGUCCGUGCUAUAGCCAAGCGCCACUUACUACUCUUAAUCAUUUCAAGAUGUCUGGCUGCGGAAGCUCUGCUUGUUCUUGCGGCGCUGCCUGCAACUGCAGCACUGGCAACAGCUGCUGCCCGAUGAGGUCCAUGGACACAUUCGAGAGCUCCGAGACGAGAGGCUUUGAGGGCACCAACGAAGGAUGCAAGUGCGGUGACAAGUGCUCAUGCAACCCUUGCAACUGCAAGUGAGAGAGCAGUGUCAAAAAUUCCAAAUCUUAUUAUUUACAUGCUUACAGAUGUCUACUGACAGAAGAGGAAGGCGUUUAUUUUCGUCAAGAUUUGAGGAAUUAUCCUCGAGAUCAAUUUAGAGUGCUAAGUUCUAUUGUUUAUCUGACGAAGUAAAUAAAGUCUGCAGAAGCAUCUGCUGGAAGAUUUCUGGUGAAAGGCUGGUCUGGAAAACUUGCUGCAUGCGUGAGUGAGAGAUAAAACGCCAUUAGAGUGCAAAGCAGCUGCUUUUUAUUAGCAUUUUGUUGAUGUUCUAUGGAUUUUUCUCUUUGUUAUUAUCUAUUGGUGCGGCGGAUAUUAGGGUUUGGUGGUCAGAAAAUCGGGGUCAGGCAUGAAAGUUAGGAGAGAGUUAUAAUUGAGAAAGUUACGGAAUAGCCAAAACGUCGGCGAGUACUAAGUACUGACCAUGAAUGUCAGUAUACAAAUGGACUCGUGGUUACAAGCAGCGUAGGAAUCCAGUUGUGGCGACGUAUCUUAGAUGCAUCUUAAGGAGUGUUGAGACUCAUAUCUACUACGCAAAAUGCAUGGAAAAUUUGCAGCUAAUAUAAAUUUUGAGGUUUUGAAUUGCCAG